AUGAUGCGUUUGAUGGCAGCGCUGUUGGUGCUGGGCAUGGCUCAGGCCCAGAUCCCGGCCAAGUGUGCCACCCCGCCUGAGUGGGAGGGGCGUGUGUCCACCUUUGAUCACGGCAAGAACACCGAAGUCUUUUCCAAGAUCAGCUACGAUUCCCACAACAAGCGCCUGCGCUUUGUUGAUGAGAUUGAUCCCCAUCGUUCCGGCCAACACGUGUAUGAGCGCCUGGUCCUGUUCAACGAGGGUGUGCAAUACCUCGUCGACGUCACCGAUCGUAACUGCACCAAGAGCCCCAUCGAUCCUCACUUUGAGUGGCAUGCCUGGGGCAUUCCCGACAACUCUACCUUCCAAGGCGAGUCCACAAUCGGUGCCCUUGACUACACCAUCACCCUGAGCUCGUGGGAAAUGCCCGCCUACCAGCAUCCUCGCGGCUGGGAAUGGCACGGCCAGUUCACCACUGAAUACUGCGUUCCCGUUUCCGAGGUCAUUGCCUACGACGUGGCCGACUCCAUCACUCGUCACUUUUUCGACCUCACCAUCGGCAUCAGCGACCCCAACGCGUUUGUGCCUCCCAGUAACUGCGAGUAA